UGAGAGCAUCUCAUCCAAAGAUUAAGACAAAGAGGAACCUUGGAGUGCAGAUUUAGCCCCUGCAGACAUGAACACAGCUGAGCCCGGAGAUGGAAACCCCUUCACAGUAUUUGAUUAUGCAUCAUAUUAUGACGGCGACAAUGCAACUCCUUGCGAAUAUGUUGACACGAGGGCCUUUAGCAGGGUGUAUUUGGCCACUCUGUAUAGCUUGGUUUUCAUCCUUGGCUUCAUGGGUAAUGGACUAGUAGUGUGGGUCAUUCUGAAGCAUCGCCACAAGACCAACAUGACAGACAUGUGCCUCUUGAACUUGGCCAUCUCUGACCUCCUGUUUGUACUCACCCUGCCUUUUUCCAGUCACUACAUCAUAAAAGGCACAUGGAUUUUCGGGGACUUUAUGUGCCGUUUCCUUUCAUGCUCCCAUGUCUCUGGAUUCUUCAGCAGCAUCUUUUUCAUGGUCGUCAUGACGCUGGACCGCUAUAUAAUCAUCAUGCAUUCUCACAGAGCGCACCAGAGAAUACUUGUUCAAGCUCAGGGAUAUUGGCAAAGCAUGUGUACCAACGUGUCGGAGAACGUGACGGAGGACAUGUACGUGUACAUGGAUCAGGAUGAGUGUGAUGAUAACAGUGUAUACUUGUCAAAUGGAUCGCCAUUCCUCUUGGGUAUUUACUACCCUCUGUUCUUCCUGGGCCUACUGGGGAACUGCACGGUGCUGUGGACUCUCCUCCGGCACAUAAAGCUAAAGUCAAUGACAGAUGUGUGCCUCCUCAACCUGGUCCUCUCUGACCUCUUACUGACGGUGUCUCUGCCCCUGUGGGCACACAGCUCCCAGAGCCUUGUGUCAUGCAAGCUGAAAACAGCAUUCUAUCAGCUAAGUUUCUACAGCGGGACAUUAUUUGUGACGCUGAUGAGUGUUGACCGCUACCUUGCCAUCGUGCACGCUGUCGCAGCCCUGAAGGCCCGGGCACUUCGCCAUGGAGUCCUCGCCAGCAUCAUAAUCUGGGUUAUAUCUGUAAUCAUGGCAGCCCCGCAGGUCAUAUUUGCCUCCUUGGAGUUUGAAAAUGAAACAAUUCAAUGCGAGCCCUUCUAUCCAGAAGAGACACAGAAAUUUUGGAAAAAGCUGCGAAACUUCAAGGCCUUCACUGUGAACAGCACAGGCUUUACCACCGAGGCCUUCACUGUUAACAGCACCGGCUUUACCACCGAGAUUAGCACUUACUUUUACUAUGACUACCCUGAUGAGGACUUUGGAAGAUGUCACUUUGAGCAUCAUGCAGCCCAUUUCAUCCCUCCCCUGUAUGCUAUUUUCUUCCUCCUGGGCAUCCUGGGUAACUCCCUGGUCAUCUGGGUCAUAGUCUGUGGGGUGAGACUCCGCAGCAUGACCGACGUGUGCCUGUUAAACUUGGCCAUCGCUGACCUGCUCUUAGUGUGUUCCCUUCCCUUUCUUGCUCACCAGGCCCGGGAAGAGUGGGUGUUUGGGGACGCAAUGUGUAAGGUGGUCCUGGGCACCUAUCAUAUUGUCUUCUACUGUGGAGUCUUUUUUAUCUGUUUGAUGAGCAUCGACCGCUACUUGGCUAUAGUGCACGCUGUGUACGCUUUGAAAGCACGGACACGGUCUUUUGGACUGGUCGCGGCUGCGGUCACCUGGGUGGCUGGAUUUUUGUCCUCUUUCCCCGAACUUAUCUACCUGGAACAGCAGAAAAGUGCCAACAUGUCCUACCAAUGCUUCCCUGCAUACCCAGCAGCAGCUGAUGGAUAUGAGAAUUCUUUAAACCCUCACUUCUGGAGGGUGUUUGGCCUUUUGAAAAUGAACAUUGUGGGUCUAUUUGUCCCACUUUUCAUCAUGUCUUUCUGCUACUCGCAGAUCAUCUGGAGGCUGCUGUACAGCCAUUCAUCCAAGAAAAAGGCCAUUCAAGUGGUUUUAGUGGUAGUGGCAGUUUUUUUCUGCUGCUGGGUCCCCUACAACAUUGCAUCCUUCUUCAAAGCACUAGACCUUCUGCACAUCUACACAGGGUGUGAACGCAGCAAAGCCAUCAGACUGGCUUUACAAGUCACAGAAGCCAUCGCCUACUCUCACAGCUGUCUGAACCCCAUCCUGUAUGUGUUUGUUGGGGAGAAGUUCAGGAGGCAGCUGCUGAGCACCGGCUUUACCAACGACAUUAGCGCUUACUUUUACUAUGACUACCCUGAUGAGGACUUUGGGAGGUGUGUGUAUGAGCAUCAUGCAGCCCAUUUCAUCCCUCCCCUGUAUGCUAUUUUCUUCCUCCUGGGCAUCCUGGGUAACUCCCUGGUCAUCUGGGUCAUAGUCUGUGGGGUGAGACUCCGCAGCAUGACCGACGUGUGCCUGUUAAACUUGGCCAUCGCUGACCUGCUCUUAGUGUGUUCCCUUCCCUUUCUUGCUCACCAGGCCCGGGAAGAGUGGGUGUUUGGGGACGCAAUGUGUAAGGUGGUCCUGGGCACCUAUCAUAUUGUCUUCUACUGUGGAAUAUUUUUUAUCUGCUUGAUGAGCAUCGACCGCUACUUGGCUAUAGUGCACGCUGUGUACGCUUUGAAAGCACGGACACGGUCUUUUGGAAUGGUCGCGGCUGCGGUCACCUGGGUGGCUGGAUUUCUGUCCUCUUUCCCCGAACUUAUCUACCUCGAACAGCAGAAAAGUGCCAACAUGUCCUACCACUGCUUCCCUGCAUACCCUCCAACUGAUGGAUAUGAGAAUUCUUUAAACCCUCACUUCUGGAGGGUGUUUGGCCUUUUGAAAAUGAACAUUGUGGGUCUAUUUGUCCCACUUUUCAUCAUGUCUUUCUGCUACUCGCAGAUCAUCUGGAGGCUGCUGUACAGCCAUUCAUCCAAGAAACAGGCCAUUCAAGUGGUUUUAGUAGUAGUGGCAGUUUUUUUCUGCUGCUGGGUCCCCUACAACAUUGCAUCCUUCUUCAAAGCACUAGACCUUCUGCACAUCUACACAGGGUGUGAACGCAGCAAAGCCAUCAGACUGGCUUUACAAGUCACAGAAGCCAUCGCCUACUCUCACAGCUGUCUGAACCCCAUCCUGUAUGUGUUUGUUGGGGAGAAGUUCAGGAGGCAGCUGCUGAGGUUGAUGAGCAGAGCUUCCUGCAGACUGUGUCAAGUGAUCAAAGUGUACAUGCCUCAGGAUAUGAUCACAGCAUCAGUGUACUCACAAAAUACCAGCAUGGAUGAGAGGAGCACUGGACUGUAA